UGAUCUGCUAAUCUCGUCAGGGAUGCUUGUUUUAUGCUCGUUCGGUUAGAUAAAAAAUAGUCCGCGAAUCACUCGGGACCGUAUAGUGCCAUUCGUAAUUCGGAUCGAACUACGAGUGCGUUACAUCGCAGGAUCGGGAGCAGCUCAUAAAUCAAUCCAUCAAUCAAUACUCGAGGGCCGAUCAGUCUUCGGGUGAACUAAACUUCAAAAGUGGGCUAAGCGGUUGGACCCUUGAUCAGAGCCAGCGGCGGUGCAUUGUGUGAUUUAUUACCACGUGAGUGAAGCAGCUGGUUGGAAGAUAGCGAAGAAGAGUUGAACGUUGAACUUUUAGUGUUCCUAAUGGGUGCAGUGAUGUGUAGUGGAAGAUGAAAUUUGUGCAAAUGAGAUGCUGAUUUAAUCGCACCCCACAAAGCGAGAUAAUCAUAAUCGGUGGAAGCAGAAGCAUAAUCGAUGUAAGGCUUUUGCGAGCCGGGAACUGAAUACGAAACGCAUAGAAGGUGAAGAGGCCAACAACGAAAAAAUACGAGUAGUGCUUUGAAGAUCGAGUGCUGACGAGAAGAGGCAUCGAAGACUUAGUAUAGUUAGUUAAAGUUUAAUUAUUACAUAAGUUAUUCGAAAGAGCACAUGAGGAACCGAAGUGGAUUUACACAAACCGAAUAGUACGAAACAAAGAUUGUUGUGAAUUGGGAUCAUGCGUCUGAGGACCACUCAUUUCCUGUAAACUGCACCAGUGAACCAAAUUAACUGUGAACGUUCAAGUGCUUUCGGUGCAGUUCAAAGUGGUAGAUUGUUUUGCAACCGAAUAAGGAAAACCCCCUGCAAAAUUAUUAAACCAUUGUCAUCUUGGACCGUCAACCAGAAGUGCAUGUCAAGGAAGCCAAGGAGAAAAGUGGCUAGCAGAGGGUGAAUUUACUUGGAACUCGUGACCGUGACCUGAACGAGAUUUGCACAGCCUCAGCCUCGCCAUGUGGAAGUACAUCGUCAUCGUGUCAGUGUUUGGAGUAUACCUGCUUAGGAACCAUCAAAUAAAUGGGCAAGUGUUCGGCUACGAGCCGGACGUGGACUACCCGGCCUACGACAGGAUACCCUCCGGUUUGACGUUCCGCUGCUCGGACAAACUGCCCGGCUACUACGCAGACAUCGACACGCGCUGCCAAAUUUGGCACUGGUGCCUCCCGAACGGCUACAUGUUCUCGUUCCUGUGUCCGAACGGAACCGUAUUCAAUCAAGCCCAUCGAGUGUGCGAUUGGUGGACCAAUGUCAAUUGUGGCGAUUCGUUAGGGCUGUACGACAACAACAAUGAGCUGUAUCGAGACGUGGAAGGAAAUCUGAUAGCGGGAUAGCAACGUGUCGAAUAAUAGCUGUACUGUGUUUUCCUAUAAUUUAUUGUUGUUAAGUUUUAAACCGUACUCUGAGACUCUGUACCUAAUUAUCUAGAAAAGUUUUGAUUAUGAUUGAACUUAUGAAAGACGAACAUGUGACCAACUAGAACGAGAAGAUACACAAUUUUGAAUGGUUGUACUCAAUCCAUACCGUAAUGAAACUUAUAAAUAGUAAUGAGAUUUUUUCGCUAGAUGAUUUUUGUAAUGUUUUUUUUUCUUUUGUAAAUAUAAAACAAUAAAGAUGUAAAAAUGUA